AUGGCGCCAAAAGAUGAAACGACCACAUCGACGGUCGAGCCCUCGAAUUUGCUCAGUCAAAUUGCGAGUGACUUUGACGAGGAUGAAAAUACUUCAGGUGCCGUAACCGAGAAGCUUGCUGAGAUCGUAAAUAAACGUUUUUCGGCGCCCUUAGGUGAAGAGAAACUAAAAGAAAAACUGGGGCAGUACUUGCGUCCAGAUAACUGCGCUAAGCUCGCAGUACCAAAGGUUAAUCCUGAAAUAUGGAUGAAAUUAAACCGCCCAGCUUCAAGACAAGACCUUCACAUGGCCAGCAUCCAAAGGGCCAUUGUAAAAGCUGGAACAGCUUUAACACAGUUAGCUGAAAUAUUGCUAACAACUCCCUCAGGCACAACUGGUCCUGAUUUGGGAAAGCUGUUGACUAUGAAUGCUGAUGCUGUGGCAUUGCUUGGUCAUGCCACUCAUCAAUUGUCCAUGCACCGGCGACAAGCUAUUAAACCAUUCUUAAACAAAGAGUAUGCCACACUUUGUUCACCACAGGGCCCAGUUACAGAGUUCCUGUUUGGCGACGAGCUUCAGUCUCAACUGAACAACAUAAAAGCCUCAAACAAGAUUGGUAACACUAUGGCUUCAGAAUCCCCAAGACCGCCUGCAAAAGGCAAAGAGCCCUGGAAAAAUAAACCCAAGGGUCCUUUUUUGGGGGGGCGAGGGGACAGGCAGGACCGGCCUCCGUACAGACAAAAGCAAUGGAGAAAGAACAAAUCUUAAACAAACUUACUACAGUACAGGUACAGGAUUAUGUUUCCUUUAUACCUGACCUUUUAGAAUAUCUUAAAAAUAAAGUUUCUAAUUUUCAAGCUGGUAGAUUGUCAUCUUAUGCUGAACAAUGGAAAUUGUUAACAUCGGAUAAAUUUAUUUUAGAUAUGGUGACGGGGGCACACAUAGAACUCUCGUCAACCCCUUUUCAGGUAAAAUGCCAACAGAAAAAAUUGUUUAGUAGCAAAGAAAGGCUGGUCAUUGAUUCUGAAAUAAAAAGCCUACUUGCUAAAGGUGUCAUUGUACCCAGUGUUACUGAACCUGGGGAAUAUAUUUCACCCAUCUUUAUUAUUCCUAAAAAAGAUGGGUCGUAUCGCAUGAUUUUAAACCUUAAACAAUUUAAUGAACAUGUGGCCUAUCAUCAUUUUAAAAUGGACACUUUAGCAUCUGCUAUUAGUAUGAUGAAACCACUUUGCUUUAUGGCUUCAGUGGAUUUCAAAGAUGCGUACUAUUCCGUACCUAUCGCAUCUACUGAUCAAAAAUACUUAAAGUUUAUUUGGGAUGGGCAACUAUACAAAUUUGUAUGUUUCCCUAAUGGACUUGCAUGUUGCCCCCGUAUGUUCACUAAACUGUUGAAACCUGUUUAUGCAAACCUAAGACAACAGGGAUAUGAAUCAUCCGGGUAUAUUGAUGAUUCCUACCUACAGGGUGAUGACUUUGCUGAUUGUGUUGCAAAUGUCAAAGUCACUGUGCAUAUGUUUGAUUCCCUAGGUUUAAUCACUCACCCUGAGAAAUCUGUUCUGAUCCCAACUCAACGAUUAACAUAUCUUGGGUUUAUUCUGGAUUCGAAAGAGAUGAAAAUAUAUUUAACUCCAGAGAAAACAGACAGAUUGAUUAAGCUUUGUGUUGACAUACUUAAAAAACCCAAGUCUACUGUUCAAGAAAUUGCAUCACUUGUUGGCAUGAUGACAGCAAGCUUUCCUGCUGUCAUGUACGGCCCACUGCAUUAUCGCAGCAUUGACAUGGAUAAAAAUGAAGCCCUAAAGAAGAGUAAAGGGAAUUUUAAUAGUUCUAUGACCUUAUCUUCGUCUUCUAUUGAAGACCUACAUUGGUGGUCAGUUUCUCUCCCGAGUGCAUUUAAUGUCGUGCAACACAGCGA